AUGAGUUGGAAUGUUAGAGGGCUUAAUGAAGUUAAUAAACAUAGCCCUGUUAGUGAUCUUUGUAAGACGUACAGAAUUGGAGUUGGUGGCCUUUUAGAGACCAAGUUGAAGGGCAGCAAAAUUAGUAGGUUUGUAGAUCUUCAGUUUCCGAAUUGGGAUUACUAUACAAGUCCAGAAAUUGAAGGACGUCUUUUGAUUGUUUGGAGGAAGUCAUUUGUGAAGGUUACCAUCUUAGAGGAAUCUAACCAAUAUAUUCAUUGUUUGGUUAAGUUGACUGGUGUGCAGCAGAGCUUUGGUGUUACUUUCAUCUAUGGCAAAGAUAGAUCGGGUGGGAAGCCUAUAUCAGGCUUGGAGUUGGGUGAUCCUAUUCGGUGGCUUGCAGAUUCUUAUCUAGAGCCUUUAAAAAGUGUUGGGUCUUAUUUUACUUGGACCAAUAACCAACAUGGUGCUGCUAGAAUUUAUACAAAAAUUGAUCACGUUCCUGAGAAGUUGGGAAUUAGGGUGUUUCGGUUCUACAAUUAUUGGACAGAUCAUCAAGAUUUUCAUGCUCAGGUCUUAAGAAGUUGGAAGCUACCGAUUAAUGCAAUUGGUAUUCGGGCCAUUUAUCUUAAAUUGCUGAGAUUAAAACAUUGUUUGAAAGCCUUUAACACAGACAAAAUAGGUGACCUGAAGGCUAACUUCUAUAAGGCUAAAGAGACUUUUCAAAAGCGUAAAUCGAAGAAUGGUAUUGUCUCUUUCAUCACAGAAGAUGGCAAAAUGGUGGAUAAAUUCUCAGAAGUGGUUUCUCAUUUUGUGGGGCAUUUCAGAGACUUUUUGGGUAGCUCUAGUUCGACAUCAGGUAGAAUUAAUGAUCAGAUUGUAGAGUUGGGGCCUCAACUUUCAGUUGAGCAGCAAAUGAAACUCCUUAAACCUUUUUCUAGGAAGGAGAUUAGGGAGUCUCUCUUCAGUAUUCCUAUAACCAAGUCUCCGGGUCCAGAUGGGUUUGGUUCAGGAUUAUUUGAAGCAGUCUGGUAUGACAUUAGGGAUGAGGUGUGUGCUGCAAUUACCCACUGUUUUGAAUAUGGUAUCUUCCCUACUGAGCUCCAUGAAACAACCUUAUCUUUGAUCCCUAAGGUUGCUAAUCCUUCUCGGGUUGUUGACUACAGACCCAUAGUUUGUUGCUCUACAUUAUAUAAGUGUAUGUCGAAACUGAUUUGUAAGAGAUUGGCCGAUAUUCUACCUGAUCUAAUUCAGCCUAAUCAGGGAGCAUUUGUCAAGGGUCACUCUAUUGUCCAUAAUAUAAUGAUAUUCCAAGACCUCAUUAAAAACUAUGGGAGAGCCUCUACUUCUUCAAGAUGUACUAUCAAGAUAGAUCUCAGAAAGGUCUAUGACACGGUAGAUUGGGACUUCCUUGAGAACAUGUUAAAAGCUCUGAAAUUUCCUAUGAAAUUUAUUGGUUGGGUCAUGGCUUGUGUUAGGAAUACUUCUUACUUUCUCUUGAUGAAUGGCAGAAUUCAAGGCUCUCUCGCUGCUGUUAGAGUUGUCAAGGAGGUGCUUGAUAGCUUUGCUUCUGCCACAGGUCUUUCUAUAAACUCAGGAAAGUCGCAUGUAUUUUUUGGUGGAGUUUCUAACACAGAUAGAACUAGAAUUGCUCAUGAGUUAAAUCUGACAGAAGGAUUAUUUCCUCUUAAUUAUCUUGGGGUCCCUAUGAGGCCUACAAAAUGGAAGCAUGAAGACUGUGAGGUUAUCCUUCAGAAGUUUUGCUUGAAAAUUCAGAAUUGGGCGAGUAGACACUUGUCUUUAGCUGGCCGGAUUCAGCUCAUAAAUUCAGUGUUGCUUGGGCUUCGAAACUAUUGGAUGUCUAUCUUUGUUUUUCCUCAAAGCAUAGUUAAGGAAAUUGAGAAGAUCUGUAGGGGCUUUCUGCGGGGCUCAGCUGGUCAGAGAAGUAAGUUACACGUUCCCUCUUGGCAGAAGGUUUGUCUCCCUAAAGCCUAUGGAGGUUUGGGUUUCAGAGAAGGAGCUACUUGGAACCGGGUUGUUUGGUAUUGGCGAAAGCUAUGUCAUCUCAAGGAUCAUUUUAGGCCUGCUGAUAUUACUUCUGCUGGUGUGCAAGGGAGAUUUAAAACUACUACAUUGUACAACAGUCUCUUAAUUCAGCAAAGGGAUGAGUACUACAGAACUAUUUGGAGAAGAAUCAUUCUUCCAAAUCACAGGUUUAUGCUCUGGCAAGUUGUAAAUUCUCAUUUGUUAACCAGGGACAACCUUAGCAGGAUGAAAAUUCAAAUAACCUCUGAGUUGUGCCCUGUUUGUGAUAGAAUUCAGGAAAGCCACUCCCAUCUUUUCUUUGAGUGUAACUUCUCUACUCAGCUGGUUAAAUGCGUAUUUGAUUGGUUGGGGUUUGUUGCUUGGCCUCUAGAUUUUCAUUGCUGGCUGGUGUGGUUGGCUAGAGCCCGAAAAGGAGUAAAAGCUGAUAUAGUGAAUCUAGUUUGUGCUGCUGUCACUUAUAGUACAUGGAAAAACAGGAAUAAAUGUUUUCAUGAAGGCUAUUCUUCCACAGUUCUGAAGCUAACCCAGGAUAUUAAGUAUACUACUAAAUAUAGGCUAAAUAUAGUGUCCAAAAGUCAUAUUUCAGUUAAGGAUCAAUUGUAUAUUCGGCAACUACAAUGUAGCUUAUAG